AUGCCGGUUCAGUCCACAAAUAGCACCGGUGGCAUCAACGGCGCCAACUUUGGCCAGGUCGCCCCUGCAAAUGGUCAUGGCACCAAUGGUCAUGUCGGCUCUCUGUCCAACGGCACCAACGGCGCGAACAGCUACCACGUCAAUGUCCAGCAAACCAGUGGACAUGCUUACUGCGCAGACGGAAUCAUUGGUGCUGGUCCAGAAGCCGAUGGAAGUUCCAAUGGGCAUAACGCGAAUGUGCGUGCUCACACUUCUUCUGGCCCCGCAGGCUCAUCAAACUCUGUCGCAUCGGGUAGCCGCCCCAACAUCCUAUUCGUGAUGGCUGAUCAGCUGGCUGCGCCUCAGCUCCGCAUGUAUAACCCAAAGUCUCAGAUCAAGACUCCCAACCUCGACCGCCUUGCACACGAUGCUGUCGUGCUCGAAUCAGCCUACUGCAACUCGCCCCUCUGUGCUCCUUCGCGCAUGGCUCUCGUGACCGGUCAGCUUCCUUCCAAGAUCGGCUCUUACGACAAUGCGGCGUCCAUUAGCUCCGACCUGCCCACCUACGCACACUACCUUCGAUCCGGCGGUUACGAAACCGUGCUUGCUGGAAAAAUGCACUUUGUUGGAGAUCAGCUUCACGGCUUUGAGAAGCGUCUCACCGCUGACAUCUACCCUGCAGACUAUGGCUGGGCUGUCAACUGGGACGAGCCUGACCGUAGGCUCGAAUGGUAUCACAAUGCCUCAAGCAUCCUUCAAGCAGGUCCUUGCGUACGUUCCAAUCAGAUGGACUACGACGAAGAGGUUCUGUACAAGUCGAAGCAGUACCUCUUUGACCACGCACGUCGCCGUCAAGGUGGCAACGAUACCCGCCCUUUUUCCCUCACCGUCAGCUUCACCCACCCGCACGACCCAUAUACCAUUGAGGAGGAGUUUUGGAACCUGUACCAAGAUGUUGAUAUCAACAUGCCCGAAGUUGAAAUUCACCCAGACAGGCAGGAUCCGCACUCGAAGCGUCUCCGUCACGUCUGUGACCUCGAAGGCAAGAAUUUUACGCCUGAACAGAUCAAACGCGCGAAGCGAGCCUACUAUGGUUCUGUUUCGUACGUGGAUGCCAAGAUCGGCGAGCUGCUCAAUACCCUAGACAAAUGUGGCUUGCGCGACGAUACUAUCGUCGUCUUCAGUGGUGACCACGGAGAUAUGCUGGGAGAGCGAUCCUUGUGGUACAAGAUGAGCUACUUUGAGAGCUCGGUCCGUGUGCCGCUCCUCUUCAACUAUCCCAAGAUGUUCGCCCCUCGACGCGUCAAGGCCAACGUUUCCACCAUGGACCUGCUUCCGACUUUCUGCGACAUGGUCGGUAUUCCGCUUCAACCUCAGCUGCCACUCGAUGGCAUUAGCAUGCUUCCACACCUUAUCGGACAACCAGGUCACGACACUGUGAUUGCCGAGUACAUGGGAGAGGGAACCAUUGCGCCACUUUGCAUGAUUCGCCGUGGUCCUUGGAAGUAUAUUACCUGCCCUGUCGAUCCUCCCCAGCUUUUCAACUUGACCAGAGACCCCAAAGAGCUCGACAACCUUGCCUCGGAUCCAGAUAGCCUCGACGUAGAAACGCGCAAGGUGCUUGAAGGGUUCGAAGUUGAAGCUCUUAAGCGAUGGGAUAUGGCAAAGAUCACCGAGGAUGUACUGAACGUACAACGUCGUAGACGCUUUGUCUUCUCUAGUCUCAAGCAGGGUGCAUGGACGUCUUGGGAUUACCAGGUGCCUACCGACACGCAAAAUAUGUACAUUCGUUCGCACCUGGACCUCGAUGAACUCGAGCGCAUGGCCCGCUUCCCUCCUGUCGACGAACUUGGCCGAACCAUUGCUAAUACUUCGGCUGGUGUCAUGCAGCUAAAUAGUAAACUGCGGCACGCAUGA